AUGGAGGGGUUGAUUGAUCACUUGAAGAGAAAUCAUUUGAAGGACAAGGAGGAAAUGUUUGUCUAGGGAAGUUCCGUGAGGCCUGGCAUCAUUGUACUAGUUAACGAUACUGAUUGGGAACUUAAGCAAAUCAAUUUCGUGCUCACAAUAUUCUAUAGCGACUAUCUUUUCAAAGUUCUCCUUAUCGGUAACUCCGGAGUCGGUAAAUCAUCACUCUUACUCAGAUUCGCUGACGAUGUUUUCACAGAUAACUUCAUGCCUACCAUUGGUGUUGACUUCAAAAUCAGAACUAUUGAAGUUGACGGAAAGACCAUCAAGCUCCAAAUUUGGGAUACUGCAGGUUAAGAGAGAUUCAAGACCAUUACCAGCAGCUAUUACAAGGGUGCUCACGGUAUUAUUGUUACUUAUGACAUUACUGACCGUGAGAGCUUCAGUGCUAUCGAGAACUGGAUGAAUGAGGUUGAGAAACACGCUUCUGAUAACAUUUCAAGAAUCUUGGUCGGCAACAAGUCAGAUAUGGAAGAUUCCAGACAAGUCUCCACCGACGAGGGAAGAGAACUUGCUGAGCACUACAACGUUAGAUUCCUCGAGACCUCUGCCAAGGACUGCAAAAAUGUCGAGGAAGCCUUCACAAUGAUGACAAGAGAAAUUAAAUCCAGAGUAGCCAUCACCCAACCAAAGAGAGCCACUGAAUAAACACAAGCACAAAGAAUCUAAAAAGGUCAACAUCAGACAAAAAAGAUCCAAGAUAAAAAGAACGGAUGCUGCUGA